AUGCGCUCAGACGACGAAGCCGAUACUCCACCGCGUAAGCGGCAACGCAUGUCUUCUCCCACAUACGACGAGCAGCUGCCUUUCCCCAGCCAGACGGAGCUCAACGCUCUCGACGGCUUCACGUACUCCCAACAACUUGCCGCAGCAGCCUUGAAAGGUAGUUCUCAACCUGAUCACGCACCGAGCGAGCACGAAUACGGCCCACCUCCAUCGGCUGGAUUCACGAACGCCGCCGCUCUACAUCGUGGCGACUAUGGCUCUCGAAGCGACGGAGAUAAUCCAUUCAUUGAGACUGGUGCCGGAUUCACAUCUGCCAGAUCGUUCGCCGUCACCAGUAGCUUGCCCUCAUCCGGCAGUUGUGACUCGCUAUAUUCUCCCACGAAGCCUGCAGUCGGGUUCUCCGCUGCAUCUCGAUUGCCACUCGCACGCUCUCCAUCUCCCGAUGCUCCUCCCGAACAAGACUUUUCUACUUGGUUCGCGCCAUCCGAGUCUCAUGCUGUCGGGUUUGCCACUGCUUCCGCUGCCGCUGCCGCAUCCAGCGGUAAGGGGUCUACCGCACUCUUCACUACUGGCAAAGGACGCUCCCUCGUACCGUCUAAAGCUGCUCUACAAGCCGCUGAGGAGCGCAUGAAGGCCUGGGACGAAGAAACGCCUGUGGCCUCCAGAUCUUCCUCAGCCAUCCCUGAGUUCGCACCAAUGAUUGGCUUUACCACAGCGAAAGGCAAAGCCGUCGCGCCGUCCUCCGCUGCACUCAAAUCGGCCGAAACGCGCAUGAAACAAUGGGAUAAUGACACCGAGGAAGACCCUGAGAGUAUCCCUGGACUUUCGUCGACAACAUCAAUCCCAUCAAGCACGUCUGAUCCAUUUCGCCCUGUCCUCGCGCCUGUACAUAAUUCUCCCGGUCGAUCGAAGGCGUCCGAUUUGGCGAAGCAUUCUGGCUUCUCAUCCCCGAUGCCAAAGUUGACUGCACCGUCCUUUGCAAGUGCCACUGCGCGACCAGGCGUGCAGACAGAUCUCAGAGGCAAAGCUGUACAGCGGCCCUUCAGCUCGCCCCUUCUCGCUCGUGCAGCGCCAGCACAGAAGGGCACAGCUUUUGCUUCGCCGCUCAACCCUGGAGCUACGCGAGCCGGACCCACUGGGUUUUCAACACCCAUUAAGGCCUUUCGUCCUCCUCUUGCUGCGCCGAGCGCAACGACAACCGCAAUCGAAACACCUCUGCGUCGCGCGGCCGCGACGCUUGAUACUCCCGGUCGUGUUGGAACACCAUCGCGUGCUCUUGGUGCCACUCCUCUCCGGAGAGGCGCGGGCGCGGGUCCGAAGAAGUUCACGACGCCCUUCAAGCCCGGUAUGGCGCCAGGUCAGCCAGGACGCGCGGUGCUCGUUGAGAAGCUGCGACAAGACCAGAUCGCCUCUGCGUCCCAAGCACGGAGUUCUUCGGCGCCUGGCUCCCCCUCACCUAUCGCAUCUUCGUCGAGAGUGGCGAAGCAAUCUGCUUCGCGCAUGUUCGAUCUGUCUAAACCGAAGGACAGGACGACGCUCGCAGACUCUGAGUUCUUCCCUGGGACGUACGAUGCAGACGAGUUAGCCGAUAUGGGAUUGCCCGUGGACGACCUGAAACAAAUUACUCCUGCAGUCGCUGUAUAUUACCUCUUCAACCCCUCCACCUCUCCUGAUGAGACUCCUCCACUUACUCAAGCGAUGCUGGGUCCCGCCUCGGCUUACGCCACAUUGCAAUCUCUUGGAGGCACCCUCGCUUCGCGCCCAUGGGUCGACAACGCAUGGUCCAUGAUCCUCUGGAAGUUGGCUGGCCUCGCAUGCCUUGACCCGCAACGCGAGCAGACCCCGGAUAAGCGAUGGAGUUACGCGCACGUCCUUGAGCAGCUGAGGUACCGCUACGCGCGCGAGCUGGCGGGUGGACAACGCCCCGCGUUAAGGUUGAUCGCGACGCAGGAUAUCAACGCCAGUGCACCGAUGGUGCUGUGUGUCUCGGACGUGAUAUGGCCACCAGGCUCCUCACGGGAAGAUGUGGAUGUGAGGCCCGAGCUUGAGCUCACAGAUGGAUGGUAUCGUUUGCGAGCUGAGGUUGAUCCCCCUCUCGCACGCGCGGCACGAGCGGGGAAGAUAGUCAGAGGUGGCAAGCUCGCGUUUGCCAGUGCACGCUUCGCCGGGAGCAGACCAGAGCCGACAGAGAUCCUGGAGGGUGCAUAUGAGAGCGUGAAGCUCAGUCUUAACGGCAACUCGAGUUGUUUGGCCCCAUGGCACGCGAAGCUCGGACUGCUACGCAGCGCACCGGCCGCUACGUUGCAUAGCCUCACGCCAGACGGCGGAGGGGUGCACUUACUCGAUGUUAUCGUCAGCAAGGUCUUCCCGAUUGCCUUCAUUGAGUUCAUCGAUGAACCCGGGAAGGGGCCGGAUGGGAAGAACAGGACCAGGAGAGAGGGACCGAGGAAGGAGGCGGACGAAGCGAGGGCGCAAGCGAAGUGGGAGGAUCGGAGGACGAAGGUGGCGGAAAAGCUAAGAGUAGAGGCAGAGAAGAGGUGGAGAGCAUGGGAGAGUUGGGCUGGCGCACUGGUCCGCAAGGCCAAGGGACGAGUGCCCGCUGAGGACGAUGAGAUGCCGGCCAACGUCGAGGAGCUUCUCGAAGAGCUGAUUGACUCUGGCGACAUUAACGCCGUUUCGCGGGCAAUAACUCCGGCGGAUGCCGGCUGGCUUGCGACGGCUUUACGUUCCCGGAUCGACCAUGAAAGGGAGCAUGCCGCGGAGGAACUGGAACGCGAAGUGGCGAAGGAGUGUCCGCAGAGGAAUGUCAGGAGCUUUAGGGUGUUAUUCAUGAAGGACGCGAAGACGGAUAGAAGACCUGCAAGACGGACGGCGGAGAUCACGGUCUGGGAUGUGUUGAAUCUUGCGUUCGAGGAAGGGAGGCCGGGACAUUUUGCGGAGGGGCAGCGGUUUCUUGUGUCAAACCUGCAACCGAACCAGGCCGGUGCAUGGAUGUCGACGCGAGACGAAGACUCACAUGUGUACCUCCGGACUGUGAAAGGUACUCGAUGGACAAAGCUGUGA